AUGUUAUCCAAUCCUCAGCACUUAUCCUUUCAGUUGAAACUGAAAAAUCACCCCAGCUAUACAUGGACAACUAUUAGUUUCUUUGUUCUCAUAUAUGUGACAUCAACCACCUUAGCCGCUGCUCCUUUUACAAUGAAACGUCCUUUAAUAGAUUCUCUUCCAUCAAAAGGAAACUUCAUCAAUCUUUUAACUCUAACAGAACCACUCCAGAAUGAUUUAUAUUUCAAUCCAACUCAUAAAUCAAAUAUCGAUUGUGAUCACUGGAGAAAUUCAUAUUUAAAUACAACUAAUGCGACCAUAUCAACAGACUCAUCAUUGUAUGGUACACCUCUUCUACCGGUCAGUUUUAUCGUUGAAAUGAUCCCUUAUCCAAGAUUAACAUCGGGGCGGUCAUUUUUCUUUACUCGCCUGGAUAAUUACAAUCGUAUACGUUUAGCGAUAGGUAUAAAUCAAUGGGGUAAAACAGGAGAAAGUAUGGAGCUUUGGAUACAUCAUGAAUUAUUCUAUAGUAUUGAACCAACUCCAAGAAUUUCCAGAUACUAUACUGGGUCAGGAUUAGUGAAUCAUGCUGGUCUUGUCGUGGUGCCAUUACCAAAUUAUCAAUAUGCGAAUCAAGCAAAACCGAUUACUCUAAUUAUUGAAAUUACAGAUGUCUGUGUUAAAGUGUUCAACAGAUUUAACUCGUUCAAAAAACCGCUUUACCAAAUUUAUUAUCACCAAAAUAUCAAGUAUCAUCAUUUACACGGUGAUACAUUUGAAAAUAAAUCAGAACAGUCGUCAAUGUUGGAUAGAUUUUAUAUUCUCUCUGGAGGACCACAUCAUGGGGAUAAAUUUAUGGGAUUCACGAAACAGUUGAAAAUGUUUUUCACUGAAUUCGGUGCUAGAAAAUACUCUUCCGACAACAGCCAUUUCAAAUCAUGUGAAUAUGGAAUAAGCCUAGAGAAUAUUACAAAUGAAUGGAAGAAAUUGAAUUUGUUUGACCAAGCAAACCAAACAGUUAAUCUAAGCAGUACACAAGAUACUUCUGGAAUAUAUGUCAAUAAGACAUCGCCAUCAUUGCUUUUGAAUAAAGAAAUCGUUUUAAAUUCAAAUUCACCGCUAAAUCCAUUCAUUAAAACAAAUCAAAGUGAAUUCGAAUCUUCUACGGCUUUUGAAUGUAUUCAAUAUGAUAAUUGUACACAUUUGGAUUUAGUUGGACUGCGAAAACCGGUGUCAAGUGAAGAAGAAGACAGGGCAUCGUCGAGAGGUGGAGGCGUGGUGGGAGGUGUGAGAAAGGAGGAUUCCGAAGAGGGUGACUUGUUGACGGACGAUGAUCGUGUUGUUGGCGAUGUGGACAAGGCUAGGAAGAAGACGGUGACGGGUGGAGAUGGACAGGUGUCAAGUGAAGAAGAAGACAGGGCAUCGUCGAGAGGUGGAGGCGUGGUGGGAGGUGUGAGAAAGGAGGAUUCCGAAGAGGGUGACUUGUUGACGGACGAUGAUCGUGUUGUUGGCGAUGUGGACAAGGCUAGGAAGAAGACGGUGACGGGUGGAGAUGGACAGGUGUCAAGUGAAGAAGAAGACAGGGCAUCGUCGAGAGGUGGAGGCGUGGUGGGAGGUGUGAGAAAGGAGGAUUCCGAAGAGGGUGACUUGUUGACGGACGAUGAUCGUGUUGUUGGCGAUGUGGACAAGGCUAGGAAGAAGACGGUGACGGGUGGAGAUGGACAGGUGUCAAGUGAAGAAGAAGACAGGGCAUCGUCGAGAGGUGGAGGCGUGGUGGGAGGUGUGAGAAAGGAGGAAUCCGAAGAGGGUGACUUGUUGACGGACGAUGAUCGUGUUGUUGGCGAUGUGGACAAGGCUAGGAAGAAGACGGUGACGGGUGGAGAUGGACAGGUGUCAAGUGAAGAAGAAGACAGGGCAUCGUCGAGAGGUGGAGGCGUGGUGGGAGGUGUGAGAAAGGAGGAUUCCGAAGAGGGUGACUUGUUGACGGACGAUGAUCGUGUUGUUGGCGAUGUGGACAAGGCUAGGAAGAAGACGGUGACGGGUGGAGAUGGACAGGUGUCAAGUGAAGAAGAAGACAGGGCAUCGUCGAGAGGUGGAGGCGUGGUGGGAGGUGUGAGAAAGGAGGAUUCCGAAGAGGGUGACUUGUUGACGGACGAUGAUCGUGUUGUUGGCGAUGUGGACAAGGCUAGGAAGAAGACGGUGACGGGUGGAGAUGGACAGGUGUCAAGUGAAGAAGAAGACAGGGCAUCGUCGAGAGGUGGAGGCGUGGUGGGAGGUGUGAGAAAGGAGGAUUCCGAAGAGGGUGACUUGUUGACGGACGAUGAUCGUGUUGUUGGCGAUGUGGACAAGGCUAGGAAGAAGACGGUGACGGGUGGAGAUGGACAGGUGUCAAGUGAAGAAGAAGACAGGGCAUCGUCGAGAGGUGGAGGCGUGGUGGGAGGUGUGAGAAAGGAGGAUUCCGAAGAGGGUGACUUGUUGACGGACGAUGAUCGUGUUGUUGGCGAUGUGGACAAGGCUAGGAAGAAGACGGUGACGGGUGGAGAUGGACAGGUGUCAAGUGAAGAAGAAGACAGGGCAUCGUCGAGAGGUGGAGGCGUGGUGGGAGGUGUGAGAAAGGAGGAUUCCGAAGAGGGUGACUUGUUGACGGACGAUGAUCGUGUUGUUGGCGAUGUGGACAAGGCUAGGAAGAAGACGGUGACGGGUGGAGAUGGACAGGUGUCAAGUGAAGAAGAAGACAGGGCAUCGUCGAGAGGUGGAGGCGUGGUGGGAGGUGUGAGAAAGGAGGAUUCCGAAGAGGGUGACUUGUUGACGGACGAUGAUCGUGUUGUUGGCGAUGUGGACAAGGCUAGGAAGAAGACGGUGACGGGUGGAGAUGGACAGGUGUCAAGUGAAGAAGAAGACAGGGCAUCGUCGAGAGGUGGAGGCGUGGUGGGAGGUGUGAGAAAGGAGGAUUCCGAAGAGGGUGACUUGUUGACGGACGAUGAUCGUGUUGUUGGCGAUGUGGACAAGGCUAGGAAGAAGACGGUGACGGGUGGAGAUGGACAGGUGUCAAGUGAAGAAGAAGACAGGGCAUCGUCGAGAGGUGGAGGCGUGGUGGGAGGUGUGAGAAAGGAGGAUUCCGAAGAGGGUGACUUGUUGACGGACGAUGAUCGUGUUGUUGGCGAUGUGGACAAGGCUAGGAAGAAGACGGUGACGGGUGGAGAUGGACAGGUGUCAAGUGAAGAAGAAGACAGGGCAUCGUCGAGAGGUGGAGGCGUGGUGGGAGGUGUGAGAAAGGAGGAUUCCGAAGAGGGUGACUUGUUGACGGACGAUGAUCGUGUUGUUGGCGAUGUGGACAAGGCUAGGAAGAAGACGGUGACGGGUGGAGAUGGACAGGUGUCAAGUGAAGAAGAAGACAGGGCAUCGUCGAGAGGUGGAGGCGUGGUGGGAGGUGUGAGAAAGGAGGAUUCCGAAGAGGGUGACUUGUUGACGGACGAUGAUCGUGUUGUUGGCGAUGUGGACAAGGCUAGGAAGAAGACGGUGACGGGUGGAGAUGGACAGGUGUCAAGUGAAGAAGAAGACAGGGCAUCGUCGAGAGGUGGAGGCGUGGUGGGAGGUGUGAGAAAGGAGGAUUCCGAAGAGGGUGACUUGUUGACGGACGAUGAUCGUGUUGUUGGCGAUGUGGACAAGGCUAGGAAGAAGACGGUGACGGGUGGAGAUGGACAGGUGUCAAGUGAAGAAGAAGACAGGGCAUCGUCGAGAGGUGGAGGCGUGGUGGGAGGUGUGAGAAAGGAGGAUUCCGAAGAGGGUGACUUGUUGACGGACGAUGAUCGUGUUGUUGGCGAUGUGGACAAGGCUAGGAAGAAGACGGUGACGGGUGGAGAUGGACAGGUGUCAAGUGAAGAAGAAGACAGGGCAUCGUCGAGAGGUGGAGGCGUGGUGGGAGGUGUGAGAAAGGAGGAUUCCGAAGAGGGUGACUUGUUGACGGACGAUGAUCGUGUUGUUGGCGAUGUGGACAAGGCUAGGAAGAAGACGGUGACGGGUGGAGAUGGACAGGUGUCAAGUGAAGAAGAAGACAGGGCAUCGUCGAGAGGUGGAGGCGUGGUGGGAGGUGUGAGAAAGGAGGAUUCCGAAGAGGGUGACUUGUUGACGGACGAUGAUCGUGUUGUUGGCGAUGUGGACAAGGCUAGGAAGAAGACGGUGACGGGUGGAGAUGGACAGGUGUCAAGUGAAGAAGAAGACAGGGCAUCGUCGAGAGGUGGAGGCGUGGUGGGAGGUGUGAGAAAGGAGGAUUCCGAAGAGGGUGACUUGUUGACGGACGAUGAUCGUGUUGUUGGCGAUGUGGACAAGGCUAGGAAGAAGACGGUGACGGGUGGAGAUGGACAGGUGUCAAGUGAAGAAGAAGACAGGGCAUCGUCGAGAGGUGGAGGCGUGGUGGGAGGUGUGAGAAAGGAGGAUUCCGAAGAGGGUGACUUGUUGACGGACGAUGAUCGUGUUGUUGGCGAUGUGGACAAGGCUAGGAAGAAGACGGUGACGGGUGGAGAUGGACAGGUGUCAAGUGAAGAAGAAGACAGGGCAUCGUCGAGAGGUGGAGGCGUGGUGGGAGGUGUGAGAAAGGAGGAUUCCGAAGAGGGUGACUUGUUGACGGACGAUGAUCGUGUUGUUGGCGAUGUGGACAAGGCUAGGAAGAAGACGGUGACGGGUGGAGAUGGACAGGUGUCAAGUGAAGAAGAAGACAGGGCAUCGUCGAGAGGUGGAGGCGUGGUGGGAGGUGUGAGAAAGGAGGAUUCCGAAGAGGGUGACUUGUUGACGGACGAUGAUCGUGUUGUUGGCGAUGUGGACAAGGCUAGGAAGAAGACGGUGACGGGUGGAGAUGGACAGGUGUCAAGUGAAGAAGAAGACAGGGCAUCGUCGAGAGGUGGAGGCGUGGUGGGAGGUGUGAGAAAGGAGGAUUCCGAAGAGGGUGACUUGUUGACGGACGAUGAUCGUGUUGUUGGCGAUGUGGACAAGGCUAGGAAGAAGACGGUGACGGGUGGAGAUGGACAGGUGUCAAGUGAAGAAGAAGACAGGGCAUCGUCGAGAGGUGGAGGCGUGGUGGGAGGUGUGAGAAAGGAGGAUUCCGAAGAGGGUGACUUGUUGACGGACGAUGAUCGUGUUGUUGGCGAUGUGGACAAGGCUAGGAAGAAGACGGUGACGGGUGGAGAUGGACAGGUGUCAAGUGAAGAAGAAGACAGGGCAUCGUCGAGAGGUGGAGGCGUGGUGGGAGGUGUGAGAAAGGAGGAUUCCGAAGAGGGUGACUUGUUGACGGACGAUGAUCGUGUUGUUGGCGAUGUGGACAAGGCUAGGAAGAAGACGGUGACGGGUGGAGAUGGACAGGUGUCAAGUGAAGAAGAAGACAGGGCAUCGUCGAGAGGUGGAGGCGUGGUGGGAGGUGUGAGAAAGGAGGAUUCCGAAGAGGGUGACUUGUUGACGGACGAUGAUCGUGUUGUUGGCGAUGUGGACAAGGCUAGGAAGAAGACGGUGACGGGUGGAGAUGGACAGGUGUCAAGUGAAGAAGAAGACAGGGCAUCGUCGAGAGGUGGAGGCGUGGUGGGAGGUGUGAGAAAGGAGGAUUCCGAAGAGGGUGACUUGUUGACGGACGAUGAUCGUGUUGUUGGCGAUGUGGACAAGGCUAGGAAGAAGACGGUGACGGGUGGAGAUGGACAGGUGUCAAGUGAAGAAGAAGACAGGGCAUCGUCGAGAGGUGGAGGCGUGGUGGGAGGUGUGAGAAAGGAGGAUUCCGAAGAGGGUGACUUGUUGACGGACGAUGAUCGUGUUGUUGGCGAUGUGGACAAGGCUAGGAAGAAGACGGUGACGGGUGGAGAUGGACAGGUGUCAAGUGAAGAAGAAGACAGGGCAUCGUCGAGAGGUGGAGGCGUGGUGGGAGGUGUGAGAAAGGAGGAUUCCGAAGAGGGUGACUUGUUGACGGACGAUGAUCGUGUUGUUGGCGAUGUGGACAAGGCUAGGAAGAAGACGGUGACGGGUGGAGAUGGACAGGUGUCAAGUGAAGAAGAAGACAGGGCAUCGUCGAGAGGUGGAGGCGUGGUGGGAGGUGUGAGAAAGGAGGAUUCCGAAGAGGGUGACUUGUUGACGGACGAUGAUCGUGUUGUUGGCGAUGUGGACAAGGCUAGGAAGAAGACGGUGACGGGUGGAGAUGGACAGGUGUCAAGUGAAGAAGAAGACAGGGCAUCGUCGAGAGGUGGAGGCGUGGUGGGAGGUGUGAGAAAGGAGGAUUCCGAAGAGGGUGACUUGUUGACGGACGAUGAUCGUGUUGUUGGCGAUGUGGACAAGGCUAGGAAGAAGACGGUGACGGGUGGAGAUGGACAGGUGUCAAGUGAAGAAGAAGACAGGGCAUCGUCGAGAGGUGGAGGCGUGGUGGGAGGUGUGAGAAAGGAGGAUUCCGAAGAGGGUGACUUGUUGACGGACGAUGAUCGUGUUGUUGGCGAUGUGGACAAGGCUAGGAAGAAGACGGUGACGGGUGGAGAUGGACAGGUGUCAAGUGAAGAAGAAGACAGGGCAUCGUCGAGAGGUGGAGGCGUGGUGGGAGGUGUGAGAAAGGAGGAUUCCGAAGAGGGUGACUUGUUGACGGACGAUGAUCGUGUUGUUGGCGAUGUGGACAAGGCUAGGAAGAAGACGGUGACGGGUGGAGAUGGACAGGUGUCAAGUGAAGAAGAAGACAGGGCAUCGUCGAGAGGUGGAGGCGUGGUGGGAGGUGUGAGAAAGGAGGAUUCCGAAGAGGGUGACUUGUUGACGGACGAUGAUCGUGUUGUUGGCGAUGUGGACAAGGCUAGGAAGAAGACGGUGACGGGUGGAGAUGGACAGGUGUCAAGUGAAGAAGAAGACAGGGCAUCGUCGAGAGGUGGAGGCGUGGUGGGAGGUGUGAGAAAGGAGGAUUCCGAAGAGGGUGACUUGUUGACGGACGAUGAUCGUGUUGUUGGCGAUGUGGACAAGGCUAGGAAGAAGACGGUGACGGGUGGAGAUGGACAGGUGUCAAGUGAAGAAGAAGACAGGGCAUCGUCGAGAGGUGGAGGCGUGGUGGGAGGUGUGAGAAAGGAGGAUUCCGAAGAGGGUGACUUGUUGACGGACGAUGAUCGUGUUGUUGGCGAUGUGGACAAGGCUAGGAAGAAGACGGUGACGGGUGGAGAUGGACAGGUGUCAAGUGGCGAAGAAGACAGGGCAUCGUCGAGAGGUGGAGGCGUGGUGGGAGGUGUGAGAAAGGAGGAUUCCGAAGAGGGUGACUUGUUGACGGACGAUGAUCGUGUUGUUGGCGAUGUGGACAAGGCUAGGAAGAAGACGGUGACGGGUGGAGAUGGACAGGUGUCAAGUGAAGAAGAAGACAGGGCAUCGUCGAGAGGUGGAGGCGUGGUGGGAGGUGUGAGAAAGGAGGAUUCCGAAGAGGGUGACUUGUUGACGGACGAUGAUCGUGUUGUUGGCGAUGUGGACAAGGCUAGGAAGAAGACGGUGACGGGUGGAGAUGGACAGGUGUCAAGUGAAGAAGAAGACAGGGCAUCGUCGAGAGGUGGAGGCGUGGUGGGAGGUGUGAGAAAGGAGGAUUCCGAAGAGGGUGACUUGUUGACGGACGAUGAUCGUGUUGUUGGCGAUGUGGACAAGGCUAGGAAGAAGACGGUGACGGGUGGAGAUGGACAGGUGUCAAGUGAAGAAGAAGACAGGGCAUCGUCGAGAGGUGGAGGCGUGGUGGGAGGUGUGAGAAAGGAGGAUUCCGAAGAGGGUGACUUGUUGACGGACGAUGAUCGUGUUGUUGGCGAUGUGGACAAGGCUAGGAAGAAGACGGUGACGGGUGGAGAUGGACAGGUGUCAAGUGAAGAAGAAGACAGGGCAUCGUCGAGAGGUGGAGGCGUGGUGGGAGGUGUGAGAAAGGAGGAUUCCGAAGAGGGUGACUUGUUGACGGACGAUGAUCGUGUUGUUGGCGAUGUGGACAAGGCUAGGAAGAAGACGGUGACGGGUGGAGAUGGACAGGUGUCAAGUGAAGAAGAUGACAGGGCAUCGUCGAGAGGUGGAGGCGUGGUGGGAGGUGUGAGAAAGGAGGAUUCCGAAGAGGGUGACUUGUUGACGGACGAUGAUCGUGUUGUUGGCGAUGUGGACAAGGCUAGGAAGAAGACGGUGACGGGUGGAGAUGGACAGGUGUCAAGUGAAGAAGAAGACAGGGCAUCGUCGAGAGGUGGAGGCGUGGUGGGAGGUGUGAGAAAGGAGGAUUCCGAAGAGGGUGACUUGUUGACGGACGAUGAUCGUGUUGUUGGCGAUGUGGACAAGGCUAGGAAGAAGACGGUGACGGGUGGAGAUGGACAGGUGUCAAGAGAAGAAGAAGACAGGGCAUCGUCGAGAGGUGGAGGCGUGGUGGGAGGUGUGAGAAAGGAGGAUUCCGAAGAGGGUGACUUGUUGACGGACGAUGAUCGUGUUGUUGGCGAUGUGGACAAGGCUAGGAAGAAGACGGUGACGGGUGGAGAUGGACAGGUGUCAAGUGAAGAAGAAGACAGGGCAUCGUCGAGAGGUGGAGGCGUGGUGGGAGGUGUGAGAAAGGAGGAUUCCGAAGAGGGUGACUUGUUGACGGACGAUGAUCGUGUUGUUGGCGAUGUGGACAAGGCUAGGAAGAAGACGGUGACGGGUGGAGAUGGACAGGUGUCAAGUGAAGAAGAAGACAGGGCAUCGUCGAGAGGUGGAGGCGUGGUGGGAGGUGUGAGAAAGGAGGAUUCCGAAGAGGGUGACUUGUUGACGGACGAUGAUCGUGUUGUUGGCGAUGUGGACAAGGCUAGGAAGAAGACGGUGACGGGUGGAGAUGGACAGGUGUCAAGUGAAGAAGAAGACAGGGCAUCGUCGAGAGGUGGAGGCGUGGUGGGAGGUGUGAGAAAGGAGGAUUCCGAAGAGGGUGACUUGUUGACGGACGAUGAUCGUGUUGUUGGCGAUGUGGACAAGGCUAGGAAGAAGACGGUGACGGGUGGAAAUGGACAGGUGUCAAGUGAAGAAGAAGACAGGGCAUCGUCGAGAGGUGGAGGCGUGGUGGGAGGUGUGAGAAAGGAGGAUUCCGAAGAGGGUGACUUGUUGACGGACGAUGAUCGUGUUGUUGGCGAUGUGGACAAGGCUAGGAAGAAGACGGUGACGGGUGGAGAUGGACAGGUGUCAAGUGAAGAAGAAGACAGGGCAUCGUCGAGAGGUGGAGGCGUGGUGGGAGGUGUGAGAAAGGAGGAUUCCGAAGAGGGUGACUUGUUGACGGACGAUGAUCGUGUUGUUGGCGAUGUGGACAAGGCUAGGAAGAAGACGGUGACGGGUGGAGAUGGACAGGUGUCAAGUGAAGAAGAAGACAGGGCAUCGUCGAGAGGUGGAGGCGUGGUGGGAGGUGUGAGAAAGGAGGAUUCCGAAGAGGGUGACUUGUUGACGGACGAUGAUCGUGUUGUUGGCGAUGUGGACAAGGCUAGGAAGAAGACGGUGACGGGUGGAGAUGGACAGGUGUCAAGUGAAGAAGAAGACAGGGCAUCGUCGAGAGGUGGAGGCGUGGUGGGAGGUGUGAGAAAGGAGGAUUCCGAAGAGGGUGACUUGUUGACGGACGAUGAUCGUGUUGUUGGCGAUGUGGACAAGGCUAGGAAGAAGACGGUGACGGGUGGAGAUGGACAGGUGUCAAGUGAAGAAGAAGACAGGGCAUCGUCGAGAGGUGGAGGCGUGGUGGGAGGUGUGAGAAAGGAGGAUUCCGAAGAGGGUGACUUGUUGACGGACGAUGAUCGUGUUGUUGGCGAUGUGGACAAGGCUAGGAAGAAGACGGUGACGGGUGGAGAUGGACAGGUGUCAAGUGAAGAAGAAGACAGGGCAUCGUCGAGAGGUGGAGGCGUGGUGGGAGGUGUGAGAAAGGAGGAUUCCGAAGAGGGUGACUUGUUGACGGACGAUGAUCGUGUUGUUGGCGAUGUGGACAAGGCUAGGAAGAAGACGGUGACGGGUGGAGAUGGACAGGUGUCAAGUGAAGAAGAAGACAGGGCAUCGUCGAGAGGUGGAGGCGUGGUGGGAGGUGUGAGAAAGGAGGAUUCCGAAGAGGGUGACUUGUUGACGGACGAUGAUCGUGUUGUUGGCGAUGUGGACAAGGCUAGGAAGAAGACGGUGACGGGUGGAGAUGGACAGGUGUCAAGUGAAGAAGAAGACAGGGCAUCGUCGAGAGGUGGAGGCGUGGUGGGAGGUGUGAGAAAGGAGGAUUCCGAAGAGGGUGACUUGUUGACGGACGAUGAUCGUGUUGUUGGCGAUGUGGACAAGGCUAGGAAGAAGACGGUGACGGGUGGAGAUGGACAGGUGUCAAGUGAAGAAGAAGACAGGGCAUCGUCGAGAGGUGGAGGCGUGGUGGGAGGUGUGAGAAAGGAGGAUUCCGAAGAGGGUGACUUGUUGACGGACGAUGAUCGUGUUGUUGGCGAUGUGGACAAGGCUAGGAAGAAGACGGUGACGGGUGGAGAUGGACAGGUGUCAAGUGAAGAAGAAGACAGGGCAUCGUCGAGAGGUGGAGGCGUGGUGGGAGGUGUGAGAAAGGAGGAUUCCGAAGAGGGUGACUUGUUGACGGACGAUGAUCGUGUUGUUGGCGAUGUGGACAAGGCUAGGAAGAAGACGGUGACGGGUGGAGAUGGACAGGUGUCAAGUGAAGAAGAAGACAGGGCAUCGUCGAGAGGUGGAGGCGUGGUGGGAGGUGUGAGAAAGGAGGAUUCCGAAGAGGGUGACUUGUUGAAGGACGAUGAUCGUGUUGUUGGCGAUGUGGACAAGGCUAGGAAGAAGACGGUGACGGGUGGAGAUGGACAGGUGUCAAGUGAAGAAGAAGACAGGGCAUCGUCGAGAGGUGGAGGCGUGGUGGGAGGUGUGAGAAAGGAGGAUUCCGAAGAGGGUGACUUGUUGACGGACGAUGAUCGUGUUGUUGGCGAUGUGGACAAGGCUAGGAAGAAGACGGUGACGGGUGGAGAUGGACAGGUGUCAAGUGAAGAAGAAGACAGGGCAUCGUCGAGAGGUGGAGGCGUGGUGGGAGGUGUGAGAAAGGAGGAUUCCGAAGAGGGUGACUUGUUGACGGACGAUGAUCGUGUUGUUGGCGAUGUGGACAAGGCUAGGAAGAAGACGGUGACGGGUGGAGAUGGACAGGUGUCAAGUGAAGAAGAAGACAGGGCAUCGUCGAGAGGUGGAGGCGUGGUGGGAGGUGUGAGAAAGGAGGAUUCCGAAGAGGGUGACUUGUUGACGGACGAUGAUCGUGUUGUUGGCGAUGUGGACAAGGCUAGGAAGAAGACGGUGACGGGUGGAGAUGGACAGGUGUCAAGUGAAGAAGAAGACAGGGCAUCGUCGAGAGGUGGAGGCGUGGUGGGAGGUGUGAGAAAGGAGGAUUCCGAAGAGGGUGACUUGUUGACGGACGAUGAUCGUGUUGUUGGCGAUGUGGACAAGGCUAGGAAGAAGACGGUGACGGGUGGAGAUGGACAGGUGUCAAGUGAAGAAGAAGACAGGGCAUCGUCGAGAGGUGGAGGCGUGGUGGGAGGUGUGAGAAAGGAGGAUUCCGAAGAGGGUGACUUGUUGACGGACGAUGAUCGUGUUGUUGGCGAUGUGGACAAGGCUAGGAAGAAGACGGUGACGGGUGGAGAUGGACAGGUGUCAAGUGAAGAAGAAGACAGGGCAUCGUCGAGAGGUGGAGGCGUGGUGGGAGGUGUGAGAAAGGAGGAUUCCGAAGAGGGUGACUUGUUGACGGACGAUGAUCGUGUUGUUGGCGAUGUGGACAAGGCUAGGAAGAAGACGGUGACGGGUGGAGAUGGACAGGUGUCAAGUGAAGAAGAAGACAGGGCAUCGUCGAGAGGUGGAGGCGUGGUGGGAGGUGUGAGAAAGGAGGAUUCCGAAGAGGGUGACUUGUUGACGGACGAUGAUCGUGUUGUUGGCGAUGUGGACAAGGCUAGGAAGAAGACGGUGACGGGUGGAGAUGGACAGGUGUCAAGUGAAGAAGAAGACAGGGCAUCGUCGAGAGGUGGAGGCGUGGUGGGAGGUGUGAGAAAGGAGGAUUCCGAAGAGGGUGACUUGUUGACGGACGAUGAUCGUGUUGUUGGCGAUGUGGACAAGGCUAGGAAGAAGACGGUGACGGGUGGAGAUGGACAGGUGUCAAGUGAAGAAGAAGACAGGGCAUCGUCGAGAGGUGGAGGCGUGGUGGGAGGUGUGAGAAAGGAGGAUUCCGAAGAGGGUGACUUGUUGACGGACGAUGAUCGUGUUGUUGGCGAUGUGGACAAGGCUAGGAAGAAGACGGUGACGGGUGGAGAUGGACAGGUGUCAAGUGAAGAAGAAGACAGGGCAUCGUCGAGAGGUGGAGGCGUGGUGGGAGGUGUGAGAAAGGAGGAUUCCGAAGAGGGUGACUUGUUGACGGACGAUGAUCGUGUUGUUGGCGAUGUGGACAAGGCUAGGAAGAAGACGGUGACGGGUGGAGAUGGACAGGUGUCAAGUGAAGAAGAAGACAGGGCAUCGUCGAGAGGUGGAGGCGUGGUGGGAGGUGUGAGAAAGGAGGAUUCCGAAGAGGGUGACUUGUUGACGGACGAUGAUCGUGUUGUUGGCGAUGUGGACAAGGCUAGGAAGAAGACGGUGACGGGUGGAGAUGGACAGGUGUCAAGUGAAGAAGAAGACAGGGCAUCGUCGAGAGGUGGAGGCGUGGUGGGAGGUGUGAGAAAGGAGGAUUCCGAAGAGGGUGACUUGUUGACGGACGAUGAUCGUGUUGUUGGCGAUGUGGACAAGGCUAGGAAGAAGACGGUGACGGGUGGAGAUGGACAGGUGUCAAGUGAAGAAGAAGACAGGGCAUCGUCGAGAGGUGGAGGCGUGGUGGGAGGUGUGAGAAAGGAGGAUUCCGAAGAGGGUGACUUGUUGACGGACGAUGAUCGUGUUGUUGGCGAUGUGGACAAGGCUAGGAAGAAGACGGUGACGGGUGGAGAUGGACAGGUGUCAAGUGAAGAAGAAGACAGGGCAUCGUCGAGAGGUGGAGGCGUGGUGGGAGGUGUGAGAAAGGAGGAUUCCGAAGAGGGUGACUUGUUGACGGACGACGAUCGUGUUGUUGGCGAUGUGGACAAGGCUAGGAAGAAGACGGUGACGGGUGGAGAUGGACAGGUGUCAAGUGAAGAAGAAGACAGGGCAUCGUCGAGAGGUGGAGGCGUGGUGGGAGGUGUGAGAAAGGAGGAUUCCGAAGAGGGUGACUUGUUGACGGACGAUGAUCGUGUUGUUGGCGAUGUGGACAAGGCUAGGAAGAAGACGGUGACGGGUGGAGAUGGACAGGUGUCAAGUGAAGAAGAAGACAGGGCAUCGUCGAGAGGUGGAGGCGUGGUGGGAGGUGUGAGAAAGGAGGAUUCCGAAGAGGGUGACUUGUUGACGGACGAUGAUCGUGUUGUUGGCGAUGUGGACAAGGCUAGGAAGAAGACGGUGACGGGUGGAGAUGGACAGGUGUCAAGUGAAGAAGAAGACAGGGCAUCGUCGAGAGGUGGAGGCGUGGUGGGAGGUGUGAGAAAGGAGGAUUCCGAAGAGGGUGACUUGUUGACGGACGAUGAUCGUGUUGUUGGCGAUGUGGACAAGGCUAGGAAGAAGACGGUGACGGGUGGAGAUGGACAGGUGUCAAGUGAAGAAGAAGACAGGGCAUCGUCGAGAGGUGGAGGCGUGGUGGGAGGUGUGAGAAAGGAGGAUUCCGAAGAGGGUGACUUGUUGACGGACGAUGAUCGUGUUGUUGGCGAUGUGGACAAGGCUAGGAAGAAGACGGUGACGGGUGGAGAUGGACAGGUGUCAAGUGAAGAAGAAGACAGGGCAUCGUCGAGAGGUGGAGGCGUGGUGGGAGGUGUGAGAAAGGAGGAUUCCGAAGAGGGUGACUUGUUGACGGACGAUGAUCGUGUUGUUGGCGAUGUGGACAAGGCUAGGAAGAAGACGGUGACGGGUGGAGAUGGACAGGUGUCAAGUGAAGAAGAAGACAGGGCAUCGUCGAGAGGUGGAGGCGUGGUGGGAGGUGUGAGAAAGGAGGAUUCCGAAGAGGGUGACUUGUUGACGGACGAUGAUCGUGUUGUUGGCGAUGUGGACAAGGCUAGGAAGAAGACGGUGACGGGUGGAGAUGGACAGGUGUCAAGUGAAGAAGAAGACAGGGCAUCGUCGAGAGGUGGAGGCGUGGUGGGAGGUGUGAGAAAGGAGGAUUCCGAAGAGGGUGACUUGUUGACGGACGAUGAUCGUGUUGUUGGCGAUGUGGACAAGGCUAGGAAGAAGACGGUGACGGGUGGAGAUGGACAGGUGUCAAGUGAAGAAGAAGACAGGGCAUCGUCGAGAGGUGGAGGCGUGGUGGGAGGUGUGAGAAAGGAGGAUUCCGAAGAGGGUGACUUGUUGACGGACGAUGAUCGUGUUGUUGGCGAUGUGGACAAGGCUAGGAAGAAGACGGUGACGGGUGGAGAUGGACAGGUGUCAAGUGAAGAAGAAGACAGGGCAUCGUCGAGAGGUGGAGGCGUGGUGGGAGGUGUGAGAAAGGAGGAUUCCGAAGAGGGUGACUUGUUGACGGACGAUGAUCGUGUUGUUGGCGAUGUGGACAAGGCUAGGAAGAAGACGGUGACGGGUGGAGAUGGACAGGUGUCAAGUGAAGAAGAAGACAGGGCAUCGUCGAGAGGUGGAGGCGUGGUGGGAGGUGUGAGAAAGGAGGAUUCCGAAGAGGGUGACUUGUUGACGGACGAUGAUCGUGUUGUUGGCGAUGUGGACAAGGCUAGGAAGAAGACGGUGACGGGUGGAGAUGGACAGGUGUCAAGUGAAGAAGAAGACAGGGCAUCGUCGAGAGGUGGAGGCGUGGUGGGAGGUGUGAGAAAGGAGGAUUCCGAAGAGGGUGACUUGUUGACGGACGAUGAUCGUGUUGUUGGCGAUGUGGACAAGGCUAGGAAGAAGACGGUGACGGGUGGAGAUGGACAGGUGUCAAGUGAAGAAGAAGACAGGGCAUCGUCGAGAGGUGGAGGCGUGGUGGGAGGUGUGAGAAAGGAGGAUUCCGAAGAGGGUGACUUGUUGACGGACGAUGAUCGUGUUGUUGGCGAUGUGGACAAGGCUAGGAAGAAGACGGUGACGGGUGGAGAUGGACAGGUGUCAAGUGAAGAAGAAGACAGGGCAUCGUCGAGAGGUGGAGGCGUGGUGGGAGGUGUGAGAAAGGAGGAUUCCGAAGAGGGUGACUUGUUGACGGACGAUGAUCGUGUUGUUGGCGAUGUGGACAAGGCUAGGAAGAAGACGGUGACGGGUGGAGAUGGACAGGUGUCAAGUGAAGAAGAAGACAGGGCAUCGUCGAGAGGUGGAGGCGUGGUGGGAGGUGUGAGAAAGGAGGAUUCCGAAGAGGGUGACUUGUUGACGGACGAUGAUCGUGUUGUUGGCGAUGUGGACAAGGCUAGGAAGAAGACGGUGACGGGUGGAGAUGGACAGGUGUCAAGUGAAGAAGAAGACAGGGCAUCGUCGAGAGGUGGAGGCGUGGUGGGAGGUGUGAGAAAGGAGGAUUCCGAAGAGGGUGACUUGUUGACGGACGAUGAUCGUGUUGUUGGCGAUGUGGACAAGGCUAGGAAGAAGACGGUGACGGGUGGAGAUGGACAGGUGUCAAGUGAAGAAGAAGACAGGGCAUCGUCGAGAGGUGGAGGCGUGGUGGGAGGUGUGAGAAAGGAGGAUUCCGAAGAGGGUGACUUGUUGACGGACGAUGAUCGUGUUGUUGGCGAUGUGGACAAGGCUAGGAAGAAGACGGUGACGGGUGGAGAUGGACAGGUGUCAAGUGAAGAAGAAGACAGGGCAUCGUCGAGAGGUGGAGGCGUGGUGGGAGGUGUGAGAAAGGAGGAUUCCGAAGAGGGUGACUUGUUGACGGACGAUGAUCGUGUUGUUGGCGAUGUGGACAAGGCUAGGAAGAAGACGGUAACGGGUGGAGAUGGACAGGUGUCAAGUGAAGAAGAAGACAGGGCAUCGUCGAGAGGUGGAGGCGUGGUGGGAGGUGUGAGAAAGGAGGAUUCCGAAGAGGGUGACUUGUUGACGGACGAUGAUCGUGUUGUUGGCGAUGUGGACAAGGCUAGGAAGAAGACGGUGACGGGUGGAGAUGGACAGGUGUCAAGUGAAGAAGAAGACAGGGCAUCGUCGAGAGGUGGAGGCGUGGUGGGAGGUGUGAGAAAGGAGGAUUCCGAAGAGGGUGACUUGUUGACGGACGAUGAUCGUGUUGUUGGCGAUGUGGACAAGGCUAGGAAGAAGACGGUGACGGGUGGAGAUGGACAGGUGUCAAGUGAAGAAGAAGACAGGGCAUCGUCGAGAGGUGGAGGCGUGGUGGGAGGUGUGAGAAAGGAGGAUUCCGAAGAGGGUGACUUGUUGACGGACGAUGAUCGUGUUGUUGGCGAUGUGGACAAGGCUAGGAAGAAGACGGUGACGGGUGGAGAUGGACAGGUGUCAAGUGAAGAAGAAGACAGGGCAUCGUCGAGAGGUGGAGGCGUGGUGGGAGGUGUGAGAAAGGAGGAUUCCGAAGAGGGUGACUUGUUGACGGACGAUGAUCGUGUUGUUGGCGAUGUGGACAAGGCUAGGAAGAAGACGGUGACGGGUGGAGAUGGACAGGUGUCAAGUGAAGAAGAAGACAGGGCAUCGUCGAGAGGUGGAGGCGUGGUGGGAGGUGUGAGAAAGGAGGAUUCCGAAGAGGGUGACUUGUUGACGGACGAUGAUCGUGUUGUUGGCGAUGUGGACAAGGCUAGGAAGAAGACGGUGACGGGUGGAGAUGGACAGGUGUCAAGUGAAGAAGAAGACAGGGCAUCGUCGAGAGGUGGAGGCGUGGUGGGAGGUGUGAGAAAGGAGGAUUCCGAAGAGGGUGACUUGUUGACGGACGAUGAUCGUGUUGUUGGCGAUGUGGACAAGGCUAGGAAGAAGACGGUGACGGGUGGAGAUGGACAGGUGUCAAGUGAAGAAGAAGACAGGGCAUCGUCGAGAGGUGGAGGCGUGGUGGGAGGUGUGAGAAAGGAGGAUUCCGAAGAGGGUGACUUGUUGACGGACGAUGAUCGUGUUGUUGGCGAUGUGGACAAGGCUAGGAAGAAGACGGUGACGGGUGGAGAUGGACAGGUGUCAAGUGAAGAAGAAGACAGGGCAUCGUCGAGAGGUGGAGGCGUGGUGGGAGGUGUGAGAAAGGAGGAUUCCGAAGAGGGUGACUUGUUGACGGACGAUGAUCGUGUUGUUGGCGAUGUGGACAAGGCUAGGAAGAAGACGGUGACGGGUGGAGAUGGACAGGUGUCAAGUGAAGAAGAAGACAGGGCAUCGUCGAGAGGUGGAGGCGUGGUGGGAGGUGUGAGAAAGGAGGAUUCCGAAGAGGGUGACUUGUUGACGGACGAUGAUCGUGUUGUUGGCGAUGUGGACAAGGCUAGGAAGAAGACGGUGACGGGUGGAGAUGGACAGGUGUCAAGUGAAGAAGAAGACAGGGCAUCGUCGAGAGGUGGAGGCGUGGUGGGAGGUGUGAGAAAGGAGGAUUCCGAAGAGGGUGACUUGUUGACGGACGAUGAUCGUGUUGUUGGCGAUGUGGACAAGGCUAGGAAGAAGACGGUGACGGGUGGAGAUGGACAGGUGUCAAGUGAAGAAGAAGACAGGGCAUCGUCGAGAGGUGGAGGCGUGGUGGGAGGUGUGAGAAAGGAGGAUUCCGAAGAGGGUGACUUGUUGACGGACGAUGAUCGUGUUGUUGGCGAUGUGGACAAGGCUAGGAAGAAGACGGUGACGGGUGGAGAUGGACAGGUGUCAAGUGAAGAAGAAGACAGGGCAUCGUCGAGAGGUGGAGGCGUGGUGGGAGGUGUGAGAAAGGAGGAUUCCGAAGAGGGUGACUUGUUGACGGACGAUGAUCGUGUUGUUGGCGAUGUGGACAAGGCUAGGAAGAAGACGGUGACGGGUGGAGAUGGACAGGUGUCAAGUGAAGAAGAAGACAGGGCAUCGUCGAGAGGUGGAGGCGUGGUGGGAGGUGUGAGAAAGGAGGAUUCCGAAGAGGGUGACUUGUUGACGGACGAUGAUCGUGUUGUUGGCGAUGUGGACAAGGCUAGGAAGAAGACGGUGACGGGUGGAGAUGGACAGAGUGAAAGUCAACAAAUGGUAACUAUCCAUGUUGGACCGAAAGGAGAUACCGGCCAGCAGGGUCCUGUUGGUCCAAUCGGUUCAAAAGGUCACUGUCCAGAAACAAUAUGUCCUUUGAUUGAUAUAAGUCUUUUCAAGGGAGUUCAAGGUGAUUCUGGUCCAACAAAUCAAUGUCGUAGUUCAUGCGACGCUAUCAAAGGAAUAACAGGCGAAAAAGGAAUAACAGGGCCUAAAGGUGAAAUGGGAGAUAAGCGUGAAUUGUCAUUCAUGGAAGCUUUACAACUUGUUAAGUACACAUUGGAUGUGACACCAAAUGACUAUUUCCCAAAAGGUCCAAAAGGUGAAAAAGGCGAGGUAAUAUUGAGGAGAUUUAUUCGAAAAAUACGUUCACAGAACAAUAGUAACUUACAAGGAAUUAAACGGGAAAGACACUUCAACUUUCGAGUUUAUAGAAUGCAGGAAAGGCAACAUCGUGUCAAACGUUCAUCAAGAUCUUCUACAGAUCAAUCACAACAUCGUCCAGAUUUAUUAUAUACAGGAUGGAAUAAAAUGGAUACAGGAAAUCAGAAAAUUUUAGGCGUUAAAAUAAUUCACAAUAUAAAUGAAUUGAAAACAAUUGGUACGGGCUUACCAGUUGGUGCUUUAGUUGUUAGUGAAAUGCCAACAACAGUGUCAUGGAAUAAAUACACAUUUCAAUGGGAUUCACAAAUAAAUCAAUUGAAUUCACUUGGUUUAUUCAUGAAAACUGAAUAUGUUAACAAUACAUGGAUAAGAGUACCUGUGAAAUUCGAACGAGAAGUUACAUAUGGCAUUCCUGAACAUACUGAAGAAAGGCAUAAUCAUUUACCUCAUAAAAGAGAAUCACCUGCUUCAACUGACACUGCAAGAUACAAAGAGAAAAUUGUAUUUGCAUUUCAUCCUAUACCAUUUACUGGUGGAUCUUUCUCUGGUUGGCAUGGUGCUGAUGCUAAUUGUCAUCAAACUGCUUUACAUCGUCUUGGAAUUCCACGAUUUAAAGCAUUUCUUGUAGAUAAAAAUUUUCCAGUUGAACGUCUAGUAAAAUGGCAAUAUCAAAAUAUUCCUGUGAUAAAUUUAGAGAGUCAAACAAUAUUUCCUAAAUGGCGAGAUUUCCUCUAUGGUGUUCGUUCAAAUAUAAAUGUACCAUUCUACGAUUUAAAUGGGAUGCCUGAUGUUCAAAAUUCUGCAAACAGAACAUUUUGGCUUGGAGGUGGAGUAAAUUUUGGAUGUGACGAUUGGACAUCUAGUUCCCCUAUGAAAUAUGGUCUUGUAUGGUCAUUUGAUUAUAAAACUGGAGAGAUAAAAAUCAGUUAUGCAAAAUGUAAUUCAUACAGUUAUCUCAUGUGUUAUAAGCUAUUACGCUUACCAGUAGCUUAAUAAAUAAAUAAAUAAAGGGGAAGCAAGCUAAGCUUUAUUGUAAACAGAUUAAAUGUGUAUGUGCGCACGUACGUACGUACUUCAGUUUUCCUCCCUCAGCAUAUUCAUUUAUAUUUUACUUUCAUGAGCAUAAAAGAAAAAUAUACCAUUUGUAAUUUCCAAAGUGUCUUUUAAACUAUCUCCAAACGAUUGUGUUUCAGUUCAUCUGUAUUUGUUGGAGGAUUUCAUUAUGAGCUGAAAUCAG